CACUGGCUCAUGAAAGCAGAGCCCGACUCGCGUAUCGUCAAGGGUAAAGACGUCAAAUUCGGUGUAGAUGACUUCGAAGAAGUGAAAACGACACCCUGGGAAGGCGUGCGCAACUUCGAGGCGCGCAACCUAAUGCAGAGCAUGUCGGUCGGCGACAAGGUGCUGUUCUACCACUCCAAUUGCAAGAGUCCAGGAAUUGCUGGCUUUGCCGAAAUAGCGAAGGAGGCAUACCCAGAUUAUACCGCUUGGGACAGCUCGCACCCGUAUUUUGACCCCAAAACGAAACAAGACGCGCCGAAAUGGCACAUGGUAGACGUUGCCUUCAAGUCUCGCGCUGCACACUUCGUACCCCUCGCGCUCCUUCGGCGCAUCGCGGACUCGACGUCGCCCUCAUUGCCUGCAGGCAUUGAGUACCUCAGCCACGAUAAUGUACAGGCUAUCAAAGGUAUGGCGCUCGUAACGCGUGGACGGCUGAGCGUACAGCCAGUCGAGGAGGGCGCUUGGGCCGCGAUCGAGCUCCUUGCAGACCGGGGUGGCUGGAGCGAGGAUGAGAUUGGAGUGAAGAAAGGUGCCGCGGCGAAGAAGGCUACGACGAAAGCUGCCGCACCAAAACGCGGCAAGAAGACUGCCUCCAAGAAGAGCGAGAAGGCCGAUGAGGAGAGAGCGGACGAAGGCGAAGCGUCCGACCCUGUCGAACAGGAAGACAAGGAAGUAAAGCCAAAGGCAAAUGGAUCGCGCAAGCGGAAAGCGGAUGAAGGCGAGCCUCAAGAGACGCGAGUGACGCGGCAAUCUACCCGGAGAAAGGCUUGAAGGACUUGUUGAUGUGUUACAGUCAAGAACAAUCGGCGACACGCUUGCUUGUGGACAUGCACAUUAUAUUGUCGUCCGUACGGAUCUGUCGCGUCAACAGACGAGCUGGAGUUUCAGAUCAGAGUAACAGUAAAGUAGCUUGUCUGAGAGAUGGGCAAACAGGGAUUCCAUCGCUCGGGACAAUCUUUUGAGCUUUGAGUUUGCUAUUGAGAAACAAGAGUGCUUUGAGAGAUGUCCUAGGGUGCGACACGAGAGUCAAGACCAACAGCACUCUUCAUUCCGGCGCAAAUGGAGUCACGGGCGGAGCCCGGUGGACGGCAGGGAUGCGAGUGAC